AUGCGUGCUUCACAUCCCUGCGGUUUCCCAUCGCCCCAGUCCCAGCCGCAUCAUCAGCAUCAGCUGCAGCAAGCUUUUCCUUCUCCUCCAACCUCCUUCUCCUCCAACCUCCUUCUCCUCCAACCUCCUCCUCCUCCUUUGUCUCCUCGCCUCACCCACCUCCCUGCCCCUCCUCGCCUUGCUCUUCCCUCUCGCUGCAGUCUCCUCCACUCCUCUUAUCAACACACCCCCUUCUCUUCAGACACCACCCCCACCUUUCCUCCUCCACCUUUCCUUUUCCUGCCUCCUCACCCCUCCCGUCCGCAUGCCCGCACACCCACACCCUCCCCAUCCUUCGCCUUCUCCCCUGCUCUUGCUACCUGUCCAACCCCUCUCGCCUCUGCCCCGUCGCCUAUGUUCUCCUCACCCCUGUCCCCGCUCAGUACGUCACCAGGGCCCACCACGCUCGCAGUAAUACCAGCAGGGGCAGCAUCAGGAGAGGUGGCAGUGGCACGAGAAGGAACUCGUUUUGAGACGUCUCAAAACGAGGUGGCAGUGGCACGAGAAGGAACGCUCAAGGCGAGGCUGCUGGCGGGGCAGGGGGGAGGGCUGGCAGGCAGAGGCGAGGAGCAUCGGGAGGGAGUGUCAUCUCAUCUCGUCGUUCUUCUUCCAAAAGUCAAGGACACCUCGUCGCCAAAGAAGAGGACAAAGCAGUCGUUUGUGCCCAGGCCGAGCCGGCUGUGGUGGAGCAAGACGGAGGGGUGGGGUGGGGUGGGACAGGCAGGCUGGGGUCGACUAUCCCCUCACAUCGUCCACCCCCUUGACGCACCGUCGCCCUCGCAUCCCCCGUUUCCCCGUCGCCCUUGCCCUCCCAACGCCCUUACCCCGGUCCCCUCUCGUCGAUUUCUUGUCAACGUCGUGGGGCCACAUUCCGACGCUUCGUACACCACUCCGCGCUCCUCUCGCCUCACGGCGCGCGCUCCUCUCGCCUCCCCGCGCGCGCUUCUCUCGCCUCCCCACGCGCGCUCCUCUCGCCUCCCCGCGCGCGCUCCUCUCGCCUCCCCGCAUGCGCGGCUCUCGCCUCCCCGCGCGCGCUCCUCUCGCCUCCCCGCGCGCGCUCCUCACGCCUCCCCGCGCGCGCUUCUCUCGCCUCCCCGCGCGCGCUCCUCUCGCCUCCCCGCGCGCGCUCCUUUCGCCUCCAGCGCCGCAUCUUCCCGCCUCCCCGCGCGCGCUUCUCUUGCCUCCCCGCGCGGCCUCCUCUCACCAUCGCCAGCCGCGCGCUUCACUUGCCUCCCCGCGCGGCCUCCUCUCACCUCCCCGCGCAUCCUCCUCUCGCCGCCUCACGCGUGCUUCUCUCGCCUCCCCGCGCGAACUCCUCUCGCCUCCCCUCGUGUGCACCUCUCACCCCCCCUCUACCGCCCCUCUUGCCUCCCCGUGCAGCCUCCUCUCACCUCCCUGCGCGUGCUCCACUCGCCUCCCCUCGCGUGGUCCUCUCACCUCACCUUGUGUGCUCCUCUCGCCCCCCCACGCGUGCUCCUCUCUCCUCAUCUUGCGUGCUCCUCUCGCCUCCCCACGCGUGCCCCUCUAAGAUGCGUGAGGGGCUUCACCUCCCGUAUCCUCACUGCCUCUCUGCGUCUCGCGACAGCCUCUGUUCGCGUCGCUGAUCGCAAAUAUUGCCCUUGGCCCCUGCUCACACUCUUGCAACGGCUGUGCUUCCGCAUCCCCUCUGCACGCCCUCUUUCCCCCUCUUCCACGCCCUCAUUUCCCACCCUGCUUGCCCACGUUUCCCCACCUUGCAGUCCCUCACAAGCCCUCAGUGGGGUGCUCCUCUCUCCUCACCUCCCGUGGUCCACUCUGACAGGGCAUGGUGCUCCUCUCCUCUCGCCUCCCGUGCUCCACUCUGAAAUGUGGGACGCUCCUCUCUCCUCACCUCCCGUGCUCCCCUCUGACAGGGGGGUGCUCCUCUCUCCUCACCUCCCGUGCUCCCCUCUGACAGGUGGGGUGCUCCUCUCUCCUCACCUCCCGUGGUCCACUCUGACAGGGCAUGGUACUCCUCUCCUCUCGCCUGCAGUGCUCCACUCUGGAACGUGGGACGCUCCUCUCUCCUCACCUCCCGUGCUCCACUCUGGAAUAUGGGAAGCUCCUCUCUCCUCACCUCCCGUGCUCCCCUCUGACAGGUGGGGUGCUCCUCUCUCCUCACCUCCCGUGCUCCCCUCUGACAGGGGGGUGCUCCUCUCUCCUCACCUCCCGUGCUCCCCUCUGACAGGUGGGGUGCUCCUCUCUCCUCACCUCCCGUGGUCCACUCUGACAGGGCAUGGUGCUCCUCUCCUCUCGCCUCCCGUGCUCCACUCUGGAAUGUGGGACGCUCCUCUCUCCUCACCUCCCGUGCUCCCCUCUGACAGGGGGGUGCUCCUCUCUCCUCACCUCCCGUGCUCCCCUCUGACAGGUGGGGUGCUCCUCUCUCCUCACCUCCCGUGGUCUACUCUGACAGGGCAUGGUGCUCCUCUCCUCUCGCCUCCCGUGCUCCACUCUGGAAUGUGGGACUCUCCUCUCUCCUCACCUCCCGUGCUCCCCUCUGACAGGGGGGUGCUCCUCUCUCCUCACCUCCCGUGCUCCACUCUGGAAUGUGGGACGCUCCUCUCUCCUCACCUCCCGUGCUCCCCUCUGACAGGUGGGGUGCUCCUCUCUCCUCACCUCCCGUGGUCCACUCUGACAGGGCAUGGUGCUCCUCUCGUCUCGCCUCCCGUGCUCCACUCUGGAAUGUGGGACGCUCCUCUCUCCUCACCUCCCGUGCUCCCCUCUGACAGGGGGAUGCUCCUCUCUCCUCACCUCCCGUGCUCCCCUCUGACAGGUGGGGUGCUCCUCUCUCCUCACCUCCCGUGGUCCACUCUGACAGGGCAUGGUGCUCCUCUCCUCUCGCCUCCCGUGCUCCACUCUGGAAUGUGGGACGCUCCUCUCUCCUCACCUCCCGUGCUCCCCUCUGACAGGGGGGUGCUCCUCUCUCCUCACCUCCCGUGCUCCCCCCUGACAGGUGGGGUGCUCCUCUCUCCUAACCUCCCGUGGUCCACUCUGACAGGGCAUGGUGCUCCUCUCCUCUCGCCUCCCGUGCUCCACUCUGGAAUGUGGGACGCUCCUCUCUCCUCACCUCCCGUGCUCCCCUCUGACAGGUGGGGUGCUCCUCUCUCCUCACCUCCCGUGCUCCCCUCUGACAGGUGGGGUGGUCCUCUCUCCUCGCCUCCCGUGCCCCACUCUGACAGGGCAGGGUGCUUCCGGACCUGUUGUUUAGUGCCUGACCUGCCCACCCUCCCCUACACAGCCAACUCAAUUCAAUGA